AUGUGUCGAAAAAUAGUCCUUGAAGAAGAACUCAAGAAUCUUCAGCCAAAGUCGCCAAUUUUAUCAAAAAUCCGAAAAUACCAUGCAGAAACAGAAGGCAAUUUAUUGGGAAAACCAAUAUAUUUUAAGAAAUCUGAUCCAGCAAUUCCCAAGCUACCCCAAAUCCCCAGAAACCUAGCUCCCAUCAAUUUCCCUUCCAAACGCGGAGAUUUGUCUCCAAAACCCAAUUUUCCGUCAUUGUCCCCUCCUAAUUCAAGCCCUAUAAUACCAGAUUGCCUAAGGGCAUCCAAAAACUCUACGAAAUAUUUUAAUCGCCAAAUUAAUAUUUUCAAAUUCCGAGUUGAGGCGCUUCCCAAGAAGUACCGAACAAGGUCUUUGACACCCUGCACUCAAAAAUCGCCGAUUAAAAGCUCUUACGAAGAUCUGGAAUAUUUAAUCAAUGAGUAUGCUGACGACACUAAAACUAAGUCAGCAUUAAACAAUAUUAUUGAAAAUUGGAGCCCUAAACUAAUAAACCACAAGAGGAAUGAAACAGCUGUAAAAUCAGCUGCAAAUGAGUUGAAAAAGAAGACAGAGGAGCUGAUGGAGAUGAAAAAAAAAUCUAUUAGGAAAAUGAGUGAAUAUAUUGAAGAAGUUAUCGAGAACAUUAAACUCGACUGCUAA